UGGUGUCUUUGCAAGCCUCAGACAAGGGAAAUGCUGCAGUAGGUCAGAUCAGAAAAGUCCUAUCUUAGCAAUGAUCUGAAUCUUUCUGCAUUCAAGACUAAUCCAUUAGCUUUUAAAACACUUUGUGGCAUAAGCUGUUCUUAUUCUUACCCUAAACAUGGAGGAAAUCUAUCCAGGGAAGCAAAAACUGUUAUUAAAAGCCACAGGACAGCUUCUAGCUAGGAGUAGACUGCCCUCCUUUGUGCCCAAAAUCUGUUAGAAAAUGGACCAACUUGGGUCAUGUAAGUGGCUCUUCUUUUUAUGUUUGAUGAUUUCUUAUUUGGUGUUUUAUUGGAUUUGCUUACACAGAACCAUAUUCUGGCAUACUCAUUUAUGUCAUGGAACAUCUUAACCCACAUGUGAGCUCAAAGACUGCACUGGGAUUAUUCAUUCGUAAGGUAUUUUAGGAAGUAAAGAUAUUAGAUCUGCCCACUGAGUGAGGAGUCUUAGAGAAAUCCUGAGGGAUAAAGUACUGCUCAAUUAGCUGUGAGUUUGUCUACACACUGCAGCAAUCUCCUGGAUGUGAGGCACAAGAGAAUAAUCAGCUGGCGCUUUUCUAGCCUGCCCAGACCCCUUCAGCAUGUUUUCCCAUAGAGAUGCAGGUCAAUACUCAGCCUUCAGUCUGGGUGAGCCCUCUAACACCAACCGCUGACUGGUUGAGUUUAUAAGCAGCAGCUAACCACGUUGUGCUGAUACCUCUCCAUUGUUCAAUCCGUGAUUUCACAUGAGGGUCUCCCUGGACUUCCUGGUUUCAGUUUCAGUUCCACCGAAAAGAGCACUUGGCUCCCACAAGCUCUGAGGAAUGUGAGAUCAACCAGCUGUCACUGUCAGAGGUAGCAGUGAACUGCUGCAAAGUGGGAUUGGUUAUUUUCUACAGAUUUCCUCAACCCCUGAAGUGAAGCAGAGAGCCCCUGCUUCAUGCAGUGCUAACAAAGGAGCCUUUCAAACUGUUAUUCAAGGCGGGAGAGUUAUUGUAAUGUGGAAACGCUAUCGCCUCUGUUUCACAGCAGCACACCAACCCUGUCUUUCAAUCACUUGUGUUAAUGGGACUUUCCUUCUCAAAUUUGCCCUUGGUCCACCUGGAGAAACGAUCCUCUGUCUGUAAUUUGGGAACCUCUGUGAAUCACUCCUCUCUCACUUGAACCUCUCUAAUUCAGAGUGAGAUGGACUUCACUGUUAGUUUGAUGUCUCCCUUGGGCUCCUCAUUCUCAUCUCCAGACCACGGUAAGGACGUAUUGUUAGCAUCCUCUCCACUUGCUUUUUAAAAUUCCCUUCCCAGUCCUUUCCCCACACAUGAAUCCAUCAUGCCUGUUCUGCCAUGAAAAUCUUUUACUAAAUCAUUUUGGUUAUCCUGUCUGUCAGUCUUCCCAGAAAUCCCCCUUCCAAUGUUUUCCUCCUCAGUAGCCUCUGCUGUCAAAGCAGCACCAGCUUCCUAGUGAGAUGCAGAACCAAAACUGAGGAAUCCCACCUUUCUGCACUUAGUAGUCCCCAGUUCUUUCCUCCCGAGAAGCACAUUGGUGAGAUUCCUGUGUCAACAGAUUCAAGAUCUGAACAGAAAUAAGAUCCACACCCUGGAUGCAGAUGUAGCCCCGGAGCUCAGAAGAACAUGGCCUGGAGGUGGAGCUCUUGGGAGAGCUGUCUUGUUUUUGAUGCAUUGGUUCUACGGAGAUGCAGCUCUUAUUUUCCAGCUUACAUGAUGAAAAAAGCACCCAACUCUGACAGCAGUUCCUCCAGUCAGUAUUCGUCUUUAUGAUUCAGCACAAAAGUCGAGUACCCUGAUACUGGUUAGCCUGGUGAAGGACCUGUGUACUUUGUGCAGUCCGGUGUUCCUCAGAUAAACAUGGGCACGUCAUGUCUGUUCCUCCAGAUCUUCGUCAGCAGUAUUUGCAGACUUGCCAAAACCUGAGCCAGCCUGAAAAUCACUUUGUUGCUCGUGUGCUUCAAGAAGCUGAUAAAAGUGAUAACGUCAGACAGGCAAAAGGGAUCACCUUAAAAAUAGCUGGAAAUAAUCGCUUAGUGCCUGUGCAGAGAGUUACAGAUGAAGAUGUUCAAGUUCUUGCCUCUGUCUUAUGCACUGCUGUAUUUGUCACCGGUUUGGAUCUGAGAUACAACAUAUUGACUGAUGUUGGAGUAAGGCACGUGGCAACGUUCCUCCAGGAAAACUCAACUCUGCGAUACCUUAACCUGAUGUUUAAUGAUAUUGGCACGAGUGGAGCUGAGCUGAUAGCAAAUGCUCUCCAUAGCAAUGAAACCCUUCUGCAUUUGAGAAUGACUGGAAACAAAAUAGGCAAUAAGGGUGGAAUGUACUUUGCUUCGAUGCUCCAAGUUAAUUGUACCUUAGAGAAGUUGGAUCUUGGAGACUGUGAUCUGGGUACACAGUGUCUAAUAGCAAUAGCAUCAGUCCUGACUCAGAACAAAGCAGUCAAAGCAAUAAACCUAAAUCGUCCAUUGCUGUACAGCCAAGAGGAAGAGACCACAGUCCACAUAGCUUUGAUGCUGAAAAAUAAUUCUUCUCUUGUGGAACUACAUUUGUGCAAGCACGAAAUUAGAAGCCUCGGUGUAAAGCGACUGUGUGAGGCUCUGUAUGAAAACUGCAGCCUGAGAUACCUUGAUCUGAGCUGUAAUAAAAUAACUCGUGAUGAUGUGAAAUUUUUGGGAGAGCUACUGAAACAGAACCAAACUCUGGAAAUCCUGGAUCUUAAUUCAAACCGAAUAGAAGAUGAUGGAGCUAUCUACUUGAGUGAAGCUUUGGCUUUGUACAACAGGACUCUUAAGGCGUUGUCAGUAGUAAGCAACAAUAUACGUGGCAAAGGGCUGGUAGCUCUCUCACAAUCAAUGAAAAUAAAUAUGGAACUCUCCUAUAUUUAUAUCUGGGGGAACAACUUUGAUGAAGCUGUUAGUACGGCAUUUUCAGAAUUAAUUCAGGCUGGCCGCUUGAAACCUAAUUGCACAGAUGUGGAACCCUAUGAAGUGGAUGGGCACGUUCACCUUGCAGAGCUCUCCCACGGCCUUAAGAAGCAUUACUACUGGACACCAAGUUAUGGGGAGGUGAACAACACUGCAGCUAAUGCCAGUCUGGCAAUUGCAGCUGUUUCAGAAUAUUUGUAAGGCAGGUCUCAAGGAUGAAAAGACUCCCUACAAAAAUUCCACAUUUUCCCCUAUUCGUCUCUUAAAGAAGUUACCAAUAUUGUUAUACACCAUGUACCUCCAAAAUGAACUCAUUAAGCCUAAGAAUUAAUGUGCAGCUGAUUUCCAUGCAUCUAUUGGUACAAGGUACUGUACAGACCUGCUUCUUCGGGCCCUAUAGCACCCAGCCUGAACACUCCUACAAUUUUAAUAUAUAUCUCUUUCUAUAUAUAUUUAAAAUCUAUAUUCUAUUAAAUGAAUACAGUUGAUAGAGAUCAUACCUCAGCAGCUGAGAUAUCUUCACAAAAGAUGAGGGUAAGAAUUAAGAUUCUCAGAUGAGGACUGAAGAGUGCAGUUCACUAAAUUAUUGCUCCAAGUCAAAAUUACGAGCCUGUGUAUUCUACUAAGAAGGUUAAAAGUGCUGUCUUGUAAAAAAUAAUGAUUAUCUUCUUGUCUAUAAAGAAAACUAAAUGACUACGAAAGCAAGUGGUACUGAUAUAAGUAUCUAAACAAAUCCUGUAUAAAUCUAAGUACUGUUUUAAAAAGUCUGAAAAUCUAAGAAUACAGCAAUAAGCUAUUAUUUUAGAAAUAUAAAAACAGUCCAAACAAACACUGUUAUGGAAUGCAUUUUCUAAGUAGGAAUGUAGUUACUUCUUCCUAGAGCAAAAUAGCUCUUGUCUUUUAUUCUGAAUUUUACAUUAAUCCUCAGAUAACCAUAGCGUAUCAUUAGUUUAUCUUCCAGAGUUGGUUAAACAUGAAACUUAUCAAUCAUACAGUGUUGCACUUUAUCAAUACUCAUGGCUAAGUCUGUGUCUAUCCCAAGACUCCUCCUUUACUUUCAGAAAGUAAAGAGGAAUCUUAGAACAAGGUACACAAAGUGUUCACUUUUGUUAAAUGAAGUCAGGAUUCUGAUCUUUGUGGUUCUUGAAAGCUAAUUAGCUACAGAAUCCUUCAGCUCCUACAUCAACAACAGAGACGUGGAAGAAAAAAAAAACAUAGGAGGAGCAGUAGUGGGGAAAUGCCAAACAAAAUCUGAGAACUUCAUCUGUUGCCCUGUGCCAGCCUUAUGAAGGGCAGCAGCUGUACGUCAGUGGUGCAGUAUGGAUAAGCAAACAAAUUAAACAUCAAGAAGUAUGGCAACAAUUAGUAAACAAAGUGACAAAUGCCUGCAUUCAACUGUUUCUGGGCCACUCCAUGCUGCCUGUGGUAGAUUUUAUCAUUAAAUUGGCUGUAUAUUAUGAGUUUAAAUAUGAUCAAGAAUCAGAGUUCUGACCAUGCCCUGUACACAAAGAAAGGAAAGAUCUGUUACUUCACGAAUACAAAUGUGGAAAAAAAAAUCUAUAAUCAUGCUCAGGAGUCAAAGGACCAUUUGUAGAAUAUUUAAAUGAAAUCCUCCAAGAACUUUUUCACAAGGCUGUUUAAUUAAGGUGCAGAUUAAUUUCUACUCCAUGUAGAACACAGUUAGUGAAGAGGUAUCUCCUAUGCCCUCCUAUUUAUCAAUAUCUGGACACAAGGCAUCAGUGGGAAUAAAAUGCUAGCACCAAGGAAAUAACAACAAAUUAUACAUUUAAAUGUAUUGACGGUACAGUCUAAGACUGUUUCCUUACUAUUUGAUGAUGACUUAGGUAAUGCUUGUAUCACGUUAAUGGCACAAACUGGUAAAAUGGAGCAUUAAAAAAAAGUACUCCUACUCAACCAGUCUUUAAUGAUCCUACAGAGAGCCUAAAAAUGUUUUGUUUAAAAAAAAAAAAAUCUAAAUUGCUAAUAGUAAAACAUACCUUUGCAAAAGUCUUGCUAGAUACCAGUUAUGUGCAGUUACUGUGGCUAUGCAACAUGAAAGGUAAAUUAAUACAUAAAUACUUCAGUUGAAACAAAUCCCUGCCUGGAAUAAUAUUGAUCUGCUCUGUUGUGUUCUUCCUCAGUGCCCCCUCAUGUAGCAGUCAUUUAGUAUUUUCACAGUGAAGGGCAGCAUUUGUUCCUUAUUUUGUACCUACUGUCUAGCACCACUAGAAGCACAGAAAUGAUUAUCACAAAGCUAUGGUUCACACAUCACAGUUCAGUCAAUGCAUGUUUUUACCUCAUCUACAACAUUGUUCUACCUCUUCUGGUGAGCAAAUGCUGCUGCUUGUGCCAAAUCCAGGACAUUUGAGACAUAUGAAAAAAACACAUCUUGGACAAGUUACAACACUAGAUUCACUUUAAAAACGAGUGACUUGGUGGAAAGAAUACACAGUAGUAUCUAUGCUGUCAGAACUCUCUGGGUUACCAUGAGAAAGAAACUCUCCUUUACCUGCCCCAUCAGGGACCUAAACACAAAGCUUUCUUUCCCUCUGGUCAGCUGAAGAUGGACUGCUUCUCACAGACAGCAGUAAUUCUUUGAGAGGACCUUGAGCACUGGCCUACCUGCCAUCACAUACCAUUACGUGACCUCAGGGUGCAGAAGUACAAGCUUUUUAGCACAUUCCAAUUAUGACUUUCUCCUUUAAAAAAAACAACAAAAAAACACAACUCUGGACUGACACUUUUAAACUACCAAAAAUGUCUUAAAUUGUCCUCAACUCACAGAGGGACUGAGGCUGGAAGGAACCUCUGGAGGUCCGGUAUGGUCUCCUGCUCAAGCAGGGCCACCUAAAGCAGGUUGCCUGGGACCACAUCCUGGCAGCUUUUGAAGAUCUCCAAGCAAGGAGACUCCAGCAACCUCCCCUGGCUGCCUGCUCCAGUGCUCAGGUGAUACUGUCAUACACCAGCUCACCAGGAACAUAGCAGGAGAUCUCCAAAAUGCAUUAGAGUAUUUAACAGAGAAUCCUUAAGGCGGGCAUUGCUGCACAUCAUGUAUCUCUUGGAAAUAAGUGUUAAUUGCAAACAGAAGGUUGAUUGCAGAUUAGCACAAUUCAACAACAACACUAACAAAAAAAAGACAGCACGGUACAAUGGAAACGCCUUACAACUGUCUUUACAGAGAGAGGGGAAAAAAAACAAGAAAAAUUCAGAAAGUGACUGCUUGAUUGAUUACGUUCAUCUUUACCAAAGGUAUGUGAGUUCACUGCUGGAUGACCUGGUUGGCUCUGCAGCGUCAGUAUAAUUGCUGCAAGAAAAUAAACUGAGGUUCUGAAUAUCCAGUCACAGCAGAUCUCAGUAAUGUUUCUGAUGAUGGGGACUGACUACCUGCCACUGGAAGAAGCAUCUGAUGGUCUUCGGUACCAAUGGGAAGAGGAAGCGGUAAAGACAUCUCCGAGGGUUUCACAUCUACAGACUCUGAUAAAGGACUCUUCUGACUCUGAAGGGAUUCUUGUUCAUUGAAAGAAUUAUCAAGUGUGUUGCAAUCAGGGGGAGUUUCAGAUCCUGGCAAGAAAAAAGAAGAGUUUUCCCAAACAUGUAUUUGCCCCAGCAAUCAGCAUAUGGAAAAACUUAGCAAAUGAUGCAGGAAUUGGUAUUAGCAAGAACUGAGGAAGACUUGUUCUCAGAGAACGUGAGCUAACUGCUAUGAGAAAUCUUGCUACAGAUGGCAGAACUACAAGAAAAAGACAGCAGAAGUGUCUUUACAUGGAAGAAUAGAAAUGAGCGAAUGGACAAAUGUCUGCCGCUGAUGAGCCAAUAGCUGAUGCUGCUUCUGAACAUUUCUCUACACAAAGAACUUACCUGUGUGAACUUUUGUUUUGUGCUUCUUAAGGUUUUUUAUAUCUGUGUAAGAAUUUCCACACAGUUCACAAAUGAAUGGUCUUUCACCUGAAAAAGUGAGUGACACAAUAAUCUUAAAAUUGAGAGAAGACACAGUUGCUGAUGUAGGAUAAUGGAUUUCUAAGUUGUAUUUUAAAAUUGCAUCGUUAUAACUGUAAGCUGAUUUGUCUGUGCCUUUAUUCAGAGUAAGAUUGUUUCCAGAAUAGUAGAUUAAAACAUAGAAAAAAGCCUCAAUGCCAGAGGUAAAGCCCUGAUCGUACAUCAACACUUACGCUGUUACAUGCAGACAUGUCUGGAAUAGGCAAUUAAAAAAAGUCACAGACAUUUUCUUCAAAUUAUUUUCAUGCUGAAAUACAUAAAUUCAGAAAGUACUACUUUUAAGUGCAGCACAAUAUGGUGUAUUUUAUAGGCAAAAGGGAAGAAGUAGGAUAUUAUUUACUGUGCAGGAAGCAACUUGUCUGGAAACUGACCUGUAUGGGACCGAAAAUGUUUAUUGAGUUCUCCAGAGGAAAUAAAACUCUUUCCACAAAUGCCACAGA